AUGGUUGUGUUGCGGGCUUCGGAUCGCUAUUCUAACAGUCGUGUCAGGGUCGGGAAAAACCAAUUAGUAACUCAAAUACAGUUAGAAACAUCGAAACAAAAAUAUUUUAAUUUUUAUUUAAAUGUUGAUAUGACAAUGGUGGAAAUACAGCAAACAUUAAAAACCAUUAGUAAGUCUCGAAAUGAUUUAUGUAUACAAUAUGCAAUUAAAACUAUUGAUACAAAAUCAAUUGAAAUUGAUCAUAAUAUUUGUAUUAAAAUAAAAGGGUUAGAAAAUAAAUUUGCUUUGAAUUUAUUAAAUAAAUUUCAAUAUUAA